AUGUCUAUGAAAUUGCCACAGGCUCCAAACGCGGGUCUAUUCAAACAAGGCUACAGCAGUUAUUCCAACGCUGAUGGUCAAAUCAAUAAAUCCAUCGCCGCUAUCAGGGAGAUCCACCAGAUGUGUCUUACCUCGAUGGGCCCUUGUGGGAGAAACAAGAUCAUCGUGAACCAUCUAGGGAAGGCUGUUGUCACCAAUGACGCUGCCACUAUGUUGCGUGAAUUAGACAUUGUCCACCCGGCUGUCAAGGUCCUGGUGAUGGCCACAGAACAACAAAAGAUCGAUAUGGGGGACGGUACAAACCUGGUCAUGAUUCUGGCUGGGGAGUUGCUGAACGUCUCUGAAAAACUGAUCGCGUUGGGUCUAUCUGCAGUAGAGAUUAUCCAAGGUUAUAAUAUGGCUAUGAACUACACUUUGAAAGCAUUGGAUGAAUUAGUAGUGGAUGAAAUCACUUUGAAGAACGACCCGGACCAAUUGGCUAAGAUUACACGCUCUGUGAUUGCUGCAAAACAAUACGGCCAUGAAGAAUUACUGAGCAAGUUGGUCGCAGAGGCCGUCUCUCAUGUAUUGCCUUCCAAGCAAGACACCGGCUUCACCUCAUUCAAUGUGGACUCCAUCAGAGUCGUUAAGAUCAUGGGUGGCUCUCUGUCCAAUUCCAGUGUUAUCAAGGGGAUGGUGUUCAACCGCGAACCUGAGGGCCACGUCAAGACCUUGACCAGUGGUAAGAAGCAUAAAGUGGCAGUGUUUACCUGUCCAUUGGAUAUUGCAGCCACAGAGACCAAGGGAACUGUAUUGCUGCACAAUGCCCAGGAAAUGCUGGACUUCUCAAAGGGUGAAGAACAGCAGAUCGAUAGCAUGAUGAAGGCCAUUGCUGACAUGGGCGUAGAGUGUGUUGUUGCUGGUGCCGGUGUCGGAGAGUUGGCAUUGCACUAUUUGAACCGUUACGGCAUCCUGGUGCUGAAGGUUCCAAGUAAGUUCGAACUAAGAAGAAUAUGUCGUGUGUGUGGUGCUACUCCACUGGCUCGUCUAGGUGCCCCAACACCAGAAGAAGCCGGUACAGUCGACGUGGUGAAGACAAUGGAGAUCGGUGGCGACAGGGUCACUGUGUUCAAACAAGAAGACGACGAGGUCAGUAGGACCGCCACCAUCAUCCUGAGAGGUGCUACCCAAAACCACCUGGACGACAUUGAACGUGCGAUUGAUGACGGUGUGUCAGCUAUCAAGGGUCUAAUGAAAACAGAUGGUGGGAAGCUAUUACCUGGUGCUGGUGCCACUGAGAUCGAGCUUGUGUCACGCAUCACCAAGUUCGGUGAAAAGACGCCUGGUUUAUUGCAACUAGCCAUCAAACAAUUCGCACUGGCGUUCGAGAUUGUUCCACGCACACUGGCAGAGACGUCUGGUCAAGACGUGAAUGAAGUGCUGCCAAACUUGUACGCCGCCCAUAAUGAUGACUCCGGAUCCGGGAUUUACAAGGGUAUUGACAUCGACAGCGAGAGUGCGGAUGGGCUCAAGGAUAUCAGGGAAGAAAAUAUAUACGAUAUGUUGGAGAUGAAGAAGUUUGCAGUGAACGUAGCUACGGAGGCUGCAUGUACCGUGUUGUCUGUAGACCAGAUCAUUAUGGCCAAGAAGGCCGGUGGUCCAGCAGCUCCACCAAGAGGUCCAAAGCCAGGUAACUGGGACCACGACGAUUGA